GAUUAUGCCUAAUAAUUCAAAUUAUUACUGGAUUAUUCUUAGCCAUACAUUACUGCCCUAAUGUAGAUAUAGCAUUUAAUAGGGUGGCUCAUAUUUGUCGUAAUAUCUUAUUACCUAUUAGAAACUUGAAUAAUUGGAGUUACUAUUUUUUUUAUAGUUAUAGCAACAGCAUUCUUAGGUUACGUUCUCCCCUGAGGGCAAAUAUCUUUUUGAGGAGCUACAGAGGCUUCGCUGUUGAUAAUGCAACAUUAACUCGAUUUUUUAGGUUUCACUUUCUCCUCCCUUUUAUCGUUUCUGCUUUAGUGAUUAUACACUUACUUUUUCUGCACCAAACAGGGUCCAACAAUCCUCUGGGAACAAAAAGUAAUAUUGAUAAAAUCCCAUUCCACCCUUAUUUUACUUUUAAAGAUAUUAUAGGAAUACUAGUUAUAACUUUUUUUUUAGUAUUUUUAACAUUAAACACACCAUAUAUAUUAGGAGAUCCAGACAACUUUAUUCCAGCUAAUCCGCUAGUAACCCCUGUUCAUAUCCAACCAG